AUGGAACUGUUUGCCGGGUUUAACGCCGAGGAGCUGGCGAUGAUGCAGGAGCUACUUAGGCUUCUGCUAGAAGACGACGACGUGCUGACUCAGCAGCCGACGCCGCGCACGAGCGUUCGACAGGGCAGCCAGGCUCUGUUUGAUGGACUAGCUGGGGGAAUGGUGGUGAACAGCAUUGGUGACUGUCAGUGGGGAGAGGGCGUCCCGAACGGCAUGGCGUGGAAUGCGCCGCCUGCCAUGAUGGCCCCCACGCCGCAAUAUGCUGUGAAAACGUCUAGAAUUCGAACGAGGAGCAGCUUUGAAAGUGAGGGUGAGCCAAUGCUCAAACGCGGACGUGUGGAUAUUGCACCGACGAUGCGAACGCAAGUGAGCUAUAUUCCGGUCCCGGACGGGUCGCGCGCGGGAUAUUCCUACUAUUAG